CAACUUUUUACCUCGUUAUUUCUCCCACCAACGAUCGCUUUAUACGUCAUAUACACUUCAUAGCUCUUACGCGCACUUGCGACACGUGCUUAACCUUCACAUCGCACGAGCCGCGACGCACCCCCACGCCACGCUAGAACGACGACAAUUCCCCCAGGCGCCACAUCUUUCACAAUCGCAGCACAGUCGCUGUAGUAUACCAUUGAACACACCUAAUUAGGAAAUCACGCGGCUCUACACGUGUCAGCCCUAAGGGCGCAUAACGCGCAGCCACAAUCAUGAGUAUCGGCGGUAGCGACUUGGACAAAGCUAUCACACAGCUCCGCGCCUGUCGCCCGAUUCCAGAAAACCAAGUCCGAGAACUAUGCUACAAGGCACGCGAAUUGUUGAUAGAGGAGGGCAAUGUAGUCGGAGUGGAUGCACCGGUGACGAUAUGUGGCGAUAUACACGGCCAGUUUCAUGACCUGAUGGAGCUUUUUCGCGUGGGUGGUGAUGUGCCGGAAACGAACUAUUUGUUCAUGGGCGAUUUCGUGGACCGCGGCUUCUAUUCUCUCGAAUCUUUUCUUUUGCUUCUGUGUCUUAAAGUUCGAUAUCCAGACCGCAUAACACUCAUUCGAGGGAACCACGAGUCGCGGCAGAUUACCACAGUAUAUGGCUUCUACGACGAAUGCUUAAGAAAAUACGGGAGCGCAAAUGUGUGGAGAUACUGCUGCGAGGUCUUCGACUACCUCGCCCUAGGCGCUCUCGUAACGGGCGCCGCAACCUCCCUCUCCCCUACCGACGGGCCUCUCGCAGAAAAUAUCAACAUCGAGAACUUCCCCGAAGCAGACGCUGACAUCGAGAUCGAAACCCUCAACGCCAACGGCGAAAUUAUGUACCGGUGCGCCCGAAACUCCGACUCCCAAUCCUCGGUCACAUCACAACCAAACUCCAACCCGGCCUCCUCCUCCCCGAUUGCCCCAACUCCGUCUCGUGUAGGCGCCGCCGGCACCGGCGCAACAUCCUCCGCCAACGGCAGUACCCGCAACGACACGGGCGCAAUCCUCUGCGUCCACGGUGGCCUCUCGCCGCUCAUCGACACAAUCGACAAAAUCCGACUCCUUGACCGCAAACAAGAAGUCCCACACGAAGGUGCCAUGUGCGACCUGCUAUGGUCCGAUCCCGACGAAAUCGACGGCUGGGGUUUAUCGCCCCGCGGCGCGGGCUUCCUGUUCGGCGCGGAUAUCGUGAAAUGCUUCAACCACAAGAACGACCUCAGUCUCAUUGCACGCGCGCAUCAGCUCGUCAUGGAAGGCUUUAAGGAAAUGUUUGACAGCACAAUUGUGACUGUCUGGAGUGCCCCGAAUUACUGCUACCGCUGCGGAAACGUGGCUGCGAUCCUCGAACUCGGAGAAGAUGGUUCGAAUGCGGGGUACGUGCGCAGGAGUAAUGGGGAUCAGGGUGGCGGUGGUGGCGGCUGGAUUCUAGGAAGUAAUGUUGGCGUUGGCGGUGUUGGGAUUGGGAAUGGCGGGCCGACUGGAGGGGGGAAUGGGAAUUCUGUCGGCGGCUUGAAUAGGAGGUUGAGUUCGGUGUUGGGGGAGUCGGGGAGGACGAGAGAGGGGCCGGGGAGGAGAUAUCGCGUUUUCGAAGCGGCCCCGCAGGAUAGUAGGGGGAUGCCGGCGAAGAAACCGGUGGCAGAUUACUUUUUGUAG